AUGGAUUCAUCUGAAGCUGCUCAACAUAUUUCUCAUCUCAUCACUGUUAUCUUUGAUGGCUCAAAUUAUGAUUUAUGGUCCCAAGAGAUGCGUAGUUUUCUCAAGGGACGCCUUCUAUGGCACAUCAAGUUGGAAUUUCGCAAAUAUGAAUCUCCUAAAGAGGUAUGGGAUUUCUUACAAGCUCGUUAUUCUAUUUCUGAUGAUGCGCAUCAGUUUCAACUCUAUAGGCGUCUUCACCGUAUGAAGCAGCAACCUGAACAGACCAUUCACAAUUAUGUCUCUGAAUUACAAGUUCUUUGGGAUCAAUUGGCACAGUGUGAACCUGAAUGGGAUAGUACCUCUGCGGCCAUUACUUAUUCCAAGCUUCGCGAUCACCAACGUGUUUGGCAUCUUCUGAUGACUCUCAGGAAUGAGUAUGAACCUAUUAGUGGUACUUUACUUCAUCAUUGCCCAUUGCCCUCCCUUGAAGUUGUGAUCAAAGAUUUGCUCUCUGAAGAAACUCGACUAAAAACACUUCGAGAUGAGCGAUCCUUACUAUCUACUGAUGUUGUUCUUGCUACUCCGGGUACAUCUACUACUUCUUCAACUUCCUCUAAAUCCUCAAAAUGGAGUUUCUGCAAUUACUGCAAGAAGACUAGUCACACUAUUUCUGAGUGUCGCCGCCUGCAAGCCAAAAAGGCAUCUGGACAGAAGUCCUCAUCAAUGGGUUCUCAGGCUUCGAGUUCUACUGCCAUUGCUGCCACAGAGGAUUCUUCUGAUAACACCUCUCCAAAAUUUUCUCUUCGAGAUCUCCAAGCCCUUCUUCACCAGCUCCAACCUGCUUCUGGUAUGCCUUCUAAUUCAGUAUUGUCCAUCACUCUAGGUACUACCUCAUCAUGGUAUUUUGAUUCUGCCUGUUGCAAUCAUAUGACAUCCAAUUCAUCAUUGUUUACUUCCAAGUCCCUACCUUCUGUUGCACCAAUUGUUCAUACUGACGAUAGUUCAACCCUAACUGUCAAAAGUAUAGGAACUAUUUCAACACCUCAUUUGUCACUACCUAAUACUUUUUUGGUACCUCAAUUAUCUCUAAAUCUUAUAUCUGUUGGACAAUUAUGUGAACUUGAUUUUGACAUACAUUUCUCAAGUCGUGGUUGUACUGUGCAGGAUCCACGGACAUGGAAGAUCAUUGGGACAGGCCGUAAGGUUGGGAGACCGUUUGAGCUAUCAUCUCUUCAAUUACCAUCUCUUGCUGCUGCUGUCACUUUUGCCAUCUGGCAUUCUCGUCUUGGACACAUUUCCACCUCUAGAUCUUGUCCCGACACCUCUCAACAAAAUGGGCGUGCAGAACGAAAACAUAUGCAUAUUCUCGAUAUUGUCCGCGCUUUUUUAAUCUCUUCCUCUUGUCCUGAGCGUUUUUGGGGGGAGGCAGCCCUCACUGUUGUUUAUACCAUCAAUCGCAUUCCUUCUCCUGUUAUUGGUAACAUUUCUCCUUAUGAACGGUUGUAUGGCCAUUGCCCCGAUUACCAGUCUCUUCGUGUAUUUGGUUGUACUUGUUUUGUUCUAUUACAACCUCAUGAAUAUACCAAAUUGGAACCAAAAGCACGUUUAUGUUGUUUUCUCAGGUAUGGUAUUGAACAUAAAGGAUAUUGGUGUUGGGAUCCUCUUUCCCAACGACUUCGCAUAUCUCGUCAUGUUACCUUUUGGGAACACAAAAUGUUCUCAAGUCUCUCCCCAUUUCGAGUUACCACGGCAUCUUCAUAUUUUUUUACUGAUCCUACUAUUUCGCUUUUUCCGGAAGAUUUGCCUGCAGGUCUGAUUACUUCUUCCUCUGAUAGCUCUAACAGUACUGCACAACUUGCAACCUCUCCUGAUGCAUCUACCUUGGCUAUGGAUUCUCCAGCUCUGUCUUCUUCUGAACUCUUGAUUCCUCCUGCUGAAUUAGACCCUGAUUGUUCUGAUGCUCCACUCCGUCGUUCUGGUAGGGUCACUAAACCUUCCAUUCUUCUUCGUGAUUUUCAUUAUUACUCUACCAUUGUUUCUUUAUACGAGCCUCGUACCUAUCACGAGGCUAGCACUGACCCUCUAUGGCAAAAAGCAAUGGCAAAAGAAACCCAAGCUCUUACAAGCACUCAUACUUGGGAUUUAGUUGAUCUGCCUUCAGAUAAAUCCGUGAUUGGUUGUAAAUGGGUCUACAAAAUCAAGACUCGGGCAGAUGGUUCAAUUGAAAGGUAUAAAACUAGAUUGGUAGCAAAAGGAUUCGCACAGGAGUAUGGCAUUGAUUAUGAGGAGACUUUUGCCCCAGUAGCCCGUCUCACUUUUGUUCGUAGUCUUAUUGCGAUUGCUGCAGCUAAGCACUAG